CUUUACUCCGGAAGUAGCUUUUACAGGUCCCGGGCAACGAUGAAGCGUCCAUGGAAGCAGCUGCAGGCUGUGAUGCUGUUGGGAUGGUAGGGGGUAUCGUUGAAUGAUCGAAGUGAUCAUUCAGUUAUAGUCGGGAACACGGAGAACUGAGUGGCUCCGAUGAGCACUGCACAAUAGUGGCAGCGAGGAACUACCGAAUGCAGGCGGAAUCUGGUGGAAGUUGAUGCGCCUGUUUUUAUUGUGCCAGGCAUUGGUCUUGGAACAAAAAUGGCUGUUGCUGCAAUGCGAAUUGGGGACCAGUUAAUACUGGAGGAGUCAUAUGAUGAAAGCUACAUUCCUAAUGAGCAGGAAAUCCAAGAAUAUGCCAGAGAGAUCGGCAUUGAUCCAGUAAAUGAGCCAGAGCUGAUGUGGCUAGCAAGAGAAGGGGUUGUUGCACCAUUACCUGAAGAAUGGAAACCAUGUCAGGAUGUUACAGGUGAUAUAUACUACUUCAAUUUUGCUACGGGUCAGUCAUCUUGGGACCAUCCCUGCGAUGAGCAUUACCGGAAGCUUGUUAUCCAGGAGCGGGAGAAACUACAGAUGCAAGGUCCUAGUAAGAAAAAGCAUGACAAGAAAAAGAAAAAGGAAAAGAAGGAAAAAAAAGAGAAGGAGAAAAAAGAGAAGGAACAUGUGAGCUCACCUAAGGUAUUGAAUUCCUCAUUAGCACCUGUUCAGGCACCAUUAGGGGGCCUGUCACCAUUACGAGGUCUGGCGGAUUCUUCAGGCAAUGCACUUCGUGGAUCCCUGGGAAGCAUGGGUGGCAGUUCCAUGGGACUUGAACCUUUAAAAGCAUCACCAACAGGUGUUGCUGGAACUAGUGUGGUUACCAGAACAGGAGGCAACACCGCAAGUUUACUGGGCUUUAGAAAUGAGGAGAGAGUAUCACUGACCUUACCAGGCAUUGAAGAUGAUGAAGAUGAGAUAGAGAAUAAAAAUCAGAGUCCUUUUGGAUCUGCCAGGGUGAUGAAGAAUGUGCAUAUGGAUCUUGAAUCACUAGGAGGUGGAUUUGACUAUGAGGAAAGUGACAGAAUGGAUGUGGCUAGUUGCGAUAGCCACCACACUGAUAUGACUGAACCAGAGUUGGAGAACCUGAAGAAGUCUGAAGAUGAAGCAGAAAGCUUCCAGGAGAUGAAGAGCGAGUCUUUUAAUGCAAAUAUGGAUGCAGGAGACAAACUCUCACGUAACAGCAGCAUUCAUGGAGUUACUCCUUCUACCCCAGAUCAAAUUAGGUUUGAGACAGACGCAGACAGCAACAUGCAUGAACUUAGUGAAGAGUACUGCAGAGCAGUGCAGAGGGUAGAGACCCUAAAUCUUCAAGCAGAUAUCCAAAAAGAGAUAGAGUUUCAGGAUGAUACAUAUGAAGAAACCGAGAAAACUAGUCUGGCAGAAGAUGGUAAAGCAGUGGAUAAGAAGAAAGAUUGUAAUUCCACACAAGCAGCAAUGAAUGGAACAGAACACUCAGAAAGAGAGACAGCAGAUGAAGUAUUCUUAUCUGUUAAUCAGAAGGCCUCUGAAGGAAAUUGUGACAAUUUUGAAGUGAAGAAUCCCAAAAAUGAGACUGAAGAAGAGUUGAAUGAUGAACUUAGACAGGAAUCUGAGCCCAGUGAACAGAUCAAAGAAUUGCAGGUCUUGAGUCAUUCAGAUGAUGAAAUUGUUAAGGAUGUGGACUUUGGUUUCCGAAGUCGAGUCAGUGAACAGAUCAUGGAUGUGGAUGCCCUUUCUCCAGUUCCAGAGAUUCAAAAACCUGAGAUUCCUAAAACAGAUGAAAAAGAUGAACUGAAACAAAAGCAGUCAACUGAAGAGCAAGAAAGACAAAAAAGGGCAGAGGCGGCUGAAAGUGAGAAGAGUGACUUUACGCCUCCCUCUGACAAACUCGAAGUACUGGGGUUACUGUUAGACCAUGACAAACAAGAAGAUGUUGAAUUCUCUGAGGAAGAUAGGAGUGCUGUACCUAGUUCACCCCAACACGAGCAGUCUCCCACCCCAUCUGAGGAGGGGCGCAUUAAGUUUGAAAUGCAGCAGAAGGAGAUGAUUCAAGAACAUUCUCACAAACUCAUAGAGAAGCUUCCAACCACUACAGAGCAGGGGAUGGAAGAUGAGAUGCAGCAGCUUAAGCAAGAAGUCGAAAGUAAGAAGAUUAUGCUUGAACAUGAGGUGGAAUGUGAGAAGAAGCAGCUUCAACAGGAGGUGGAAUGCGAGAAGCAGCAGCUUCAACAGGAAAUUGAAAAUGAAAAGAAGCGUCUUGAGGAGGAGAUGGAAAGUGAGAAGAAGCGGCUUCAGCAGGAGGUGGAUAAUGAGAAAAAACAACUUUAUCAGCAGAAAGAAGAGAACCUUCGCAGACUAAAGGAAGAUUUGAGGCAAAAAGAGGAAGAAGAAGCUCAACACCUUUAUCAAGAAAAGGAGAACAAACUCCGGUAUCUGACAGAAAAGUUGAGGAUAGAAAGAGAAGUAGAAGAAGCACAGCUGGGGGAGGAGCAGAAAGAAAAACUACAGAAAUUACGAGCUCAGAUAAAGCAAGAAAUGGAGUCAGAAGAGCAAAAAAUAAGGCAAGAGAAAGGUGCCUCACUACAAGAAGUGCAAAAUCAGCUUGAAUUGCUGAAGGCAUCUGAAGAGAAAAGCUUUGAGGACAAGAGGAGAGAGUUGGCAGACAGAAUGAAGGAAGAGACUGAAGAAGCACUGAGGGAAGAAAAGAUCCAGUUGGAGGCAGAAAAGGAGAGAGCCCUUCAAGAACUCAGACAAGAGUUGGACAAAGUAAAAAAAAAGGCACUGCAGGAACUGGAGACGCUCCAUGAAGUGGAAUUGCAGCAGCUGAGGAACAUGUCUGAGGAGAAACACCAGAAGGUAUUAGCUGGUCUAAAGAAACAGAUUGCAGAAGCCCACAGUAGUGAAGCAGCACACCCUGAAGUAGAUGUUAAGAAAGUACAGCAAAAAAUACAGCAAGUGUCAGGCUAUGAGCGAGAGCUUAGUGAUCUUUUGAAGGAAAAGCGACGAGAGGUUGAAAAAGACCAUGAAAGAAAGUUAGAGAGACUGGAAGCUGAGCAUCGUGAUACAGCUGAGCGUAUCAGACUGGAGUAUGAGGAGGAGGAAAGAAAACAGAGGGAGAGACUUCUGCAUAAUCUGAGGGAAGAGAAAGUACGUCUAACACGUGUCCAUGAGCAGCAACUUGCAGAACUGCGCCAAAACCUGGAACAGCGACUUCAUGAACUACAGCGUCAUCACAAGGAGAAGGAGGCAAACAUUCAGGAUCUAGAGGAGAAGCUGGAAUUAAAAGCCAAAGAACUAACUGCCAGAAAUGCAUAUUUAAAUAAGCAGGAGGAAGUAUUUAGAAAGAAGGCGGAGCAGUUGUUUGAAGAGCAAGACCAAAGAGUGGAGAGGAAAAAAGACGAAAAUCUUACUGCUGUUUCAAGCAAGUGGGAACUUCAGGAGUUAAAACAGGAGCAUCACAAUCUGCAAGAUUCAAUAAAACAGUCGCGUGUAAACCUGGAUGAGCUUUGGGGUCAGAAGUCAGAGCUAGAGUCUCAAGUUGAACUGCUGCAGAACAAAAGUCAGAGGUUACAGACACGAAUCAGUGAACUGGAAGUAGUGCUGAAUAAGAAGCAGGAAACAAUGAAGAAUAUUUCAGCAAAUGGCAAUACAGUUUCAGAUGAGGAUGAAGAACUUCAUGUUGAAGACCUGAGGAAUACCCCUAAACUGAGCUUCCAGAAGAAGAACCCCCGUUCAAGAACAGAGGAGGCAGAAGCUGUAAAUAUUGAUGACAUAAGGCAUUAUGUCUCCUCUGAAGGUGUGUCUAUCAAAAAGGUAAAGGAGUUUCUUGAGCGACAGACUCGUUCUUUGCGUAAGAGACAGACAGCUUUGAAAGCAGCGAAACAGGAAUGGCGUCAUAAUAUGCAGAAAGCCCAGGAUGAUCUGCAGGAUUCCGAAAGUUCACAGAUCCUGGAGGAUGCAAGGAAAAACUUGGAUGAGGAGGCAAAACACCUAGAUGAGAUGCAGUCGACUGUCCGAAAGGGUCGGGUGCUACUGAAGAAAAAAGAAGAACGUUUGAGCCAGCUGGAGUCUUCCCUGCAGGAAGAGAUAUCUGAAGAAGAUACACUAAAAGGAGUGGGAACAAAACACGUAACCUUUAAUCUCAGUGACUCAGAUGAGACGAGCAGUAUUAUCAGUGAAGAUCUACCUCAGCGUUUUGGAGUUGACCUGAAGUAUGAACUGCCUCUGACACAGCCAGCUAAAGCUCAUUACUUGACCGAGUCUCUGCAGCGAAUUACCAGUGAGUUAAAUAAUGUCCUUACUGUAUUAGGAACAAUGGGUGGGCAGCCUUCACCAGCAGUCUUCAAUACAUCUCCUUCAGUUAGUAACAGCAUUCCUCUUCCUCCAUAUUCAUCUCUGGCACGAUCUCAUACUCCAUCAGCGACUGCUCCACUUCCAAAUCAAUGGGCCUGGAGUCCAGGAAAGAACCUGAAUUUCACUGCUUCUGCCUCUCAGUCUGUUGAUGAUAUACUAAUGGAAAAGUGGCACAAGUACUUCCCAGGUGGGAUUCCAUCGCUUAGUGGGAACCGUGCACCGCUGGAUGGCAGAUUUGGAUAUAUGUCUGCAGGUGAUCAGAUGCGUGUGUUUCAACAUACCCGUGCCCCUGAGAUAGAAAAGACCUCCAUUAAGGGAAUGAUAGAGGCCAAUAGAAAGUGGUUACAGAACUUCAAGAAUGACCCCAAGAUCCCUCUUUUUUCAAGAAUGAGCAAGACUUCAAAUCAUGGCUUGGUACAACUGGGACUGGAUGAAAACAACCAGAUUAAAGUAUACCACUAUUAAUCUUGGGAGUGGGAACUGUUUUCUGUCUGUAACAUUGUCAGCAUUACGUGGUACAAGUUACUUAACAGCAAACUGCACUUUAUUGUUUAAGACUUGGAUCCUGUAAGAUAGAUAUAUCUGUAUCUGACUAUCUAUGUAUAUAUACACAUAUAUAUUUGUACAUGCAAAAUCGUAACACUCCAUAUAUGUUUUUUAAAUAUAGCUCUAUUUUGUACUUGUUUACAAUAUGAUUUAUGUAAAUCAGCAGAACAUUAGAUAUCUGCAUUAUUAAUAUAGCUCUGUGUUUCACAUCUUUUACUUUUAGGCAGACAGUAGUUUGCAUAUACCUUAGCAUGAACCUUCCUUUGAGACAGUGGAUGGCACUAUAAUGAAUUUUGUUGCUUCACUUUGGCAUGGAAAGAAAAAAAAGAAGCAGAGAAAUGUUACCUUCAGCUCUCAGUUUUGCUGUACUACAGUGUGAACGGGAAGAUUCAUCAUUCAUCCCACUGGGUUUCAUUUUCUGGAACAAAUCUUCUGUUUAUACUCCAGUAGUUAAUCCAGGUUCUUAACUAACUGCAAGCAGAAUAAUUCAACAGAGUGGUAUGCAGCAUAUUUUUGAGACAGAACUGUAUAAGUAAAUUGUGAAGUUAGCAUACCUGUAAGUAUCAUCUAAACAGAGUGUCACAUUAAUUAAUGGUAAGAAAAUGAAAAGUUAUGAGUAGUAGAAUCAAUGCAGCGCACAAUUGGUGGAGCAUGCAGAUACGACUGUUAAUGCAGAUUGUGACACUGAGUUGCUUGGAAUUUCUGGCACAUAGUUAGCCACUUACCUACAGUUUAUCAUUCCUCUUCCACUUUACUGAAUUUGCACUGUAUUAUUUGAAACACAAUACAUAGAGGUUUGAUCCAACAUAAUAUUUAUUGUUGCUAUAAGUCUUAUAUAAUGUGUUUGUUUAAAAGCUUCCUUGUUUACAUGACUGACUGCACAUUGAAUGAGAAAGCAAUACUUUUGUAUGACUGUAUUUUUAUAAAAUUAGCCAUUUUAUGCUCAGA